AUGGAUGCUGCAGUGCGACACAAGAAAGGAUCUCAUAUUCCAGAAGCAACUCCCACAUACUCAGAAGCCAAGGAAGUUACUGGCGAAACGUUUACGUGGGGCAAUGGCAGGUACAAAGCUCUCAAUGGCCGCAUCUUCUCCUUUGAGUCUUCCUGCGCAUACACUUUCUGCCGUGACUGUGCCGAAUCUGGAGGAGACUUCAAUAUCGAGAUCAAAAGGCACAAAAAGAAUAGGAUUGAAGAAAUAAGAGCUCUGAUUGAUGAUGUUGGCAUCUCAGUUUUGAAUAACACUAUUUUCGUUAACGACGAAAGGAUACAAGUGCCAUACACCAACAAGAUGAUUCACAUCAAAAAACAAGGUGAUCACUAUGUUCUGAACAGCCGCAGAAAAACCCUUUCUCUAAGAUGGAGCAAGAACAAACUCUCACUCACUCUUUAUAGCCAGUAUACCACCUGUGGUCUCUGUGGCAACUUCAACAACACUCCAGGCGAAGAUAUCAAUGAGCACAUUGCUAAUAGUAAAAUUUCCAGUGACUGUCCCAGUGCUGUGAGUAAGAGCAGUGAAGUCUGCGAGGAUGGAGUACAGUAUUGUGACAAGAUUAUCGGAGCUUACUUUGAGGACUGUGGGAAGGUUUCCCCUUUAUCCAGUGAGUACAGACAGGUGUGUGUUGAUGAGUAUUGUCAAUCCGGAGGCGGCAAGGACUCCACAUGUGACACCUUCUCUGAGCUGUCCCGACUCUGUGCCUAUGAUGGACCUGGCGUCUUUGAACACUGGCGAGAUGAUUCUGCUGUAGUUUGUGAAAAGCAACAAUGUCCAGGAAAACAUAUCUACAAGGAAUGUGGACCUUCAAAUCCUCCAACUUGCUCUAACGUGGCUCCUUUUCAAGACAGCGAAUGUGUGAGUGGCUGCACCUGCCCCGAAGGUUAUCUACUGGACGAUAUUGGAGAUAAAGGAAAGUGUGUAUUAAGGGAAAAAUGUCCUUGUGAAUCUAAUGGAAAAGUGUAUAAGCCAGGAGAAGUCCGAGAAGGCGCCUGUGGUUCUCAGUGCACAUGCCAAGAUGCUAAUUGGUCCUGUACCAAAGCCCUGUGUCCUGGGAUAUGUAAAGUGGAAGGGAGCCUAAUUACUACUUUUGAUGACAAUGUAUUUAACCACCCUGGAGACUGUUACUUCUUGGCCCUCCACAAUGAAGAGAUUUCUAUCAGUGUUGAGCUUCGUCCAUGUGAUGAUGGUCAGACAGGGUCGUGCCUAAAGAGUGUUACGCUACUCCGAAAUUCUUCUGUUUCAGGCGGCAGAUUUGUGUUCAAUAGUGAUGGGACAGUCACAAAGGAUGGAGUUGUAAUUCAAGGUUAUUACUAUUCAGAUGAAAUACAGAUCUUCAAUGCAUCUUCUUUAUACAUGCAAGCAGAGGUGCUGUCUCUCCUAAAGAUGCAGAUACAAAUUGCUCCUGCAAUGCAGUUGUAUUUGUCCAUGCCUCCCGACGCAUUCACAGACACUGUCGGUCUCUGUGGUUCCUACAACAACAAAGCAGAAGAUGAUUUCAUGUCAAGUCAGAAAAUUCUGGAGAGUACAGCUCAGGCAUUUGCUAAUUCCUGGGAGAUGAUGUCUUGUUCUAAGGGGAGCCCCUCUUCCUGUGUCAGUAUCGAAGCAGAGAAGUUUGCUGACAGCAACUGUGGGAUUCUUCUCAAUUCAAGCGGGCCUUUUGCUGACUGUCAUCAAACUGUGAGCCCCAAAUUCUACUAUGAGGAAUGCAAAAAAUACACGUGCUCUUGUGGAAGCACCCAAGAUUGCCUGUGUACGAUUUUAGGGAACUAUGUGAAAGCUUGUGCCGAGAAAAAAACAUACCUGGAGGGCUGGAGAGAUGGGCUAUGUGAGCUUUCUUGUCCAAGUGGCCUCGUGUUUAACUACAAAGUGAAAACCUGCAACAGCUCUUGCCGAUCACUCUCACAACGAGACCGAAGCUGUGAUAUAGAAGAUGUUCCAGUUGACGGAUGCACUUGCCCUGAGGGAACGUACCAGAACAGUGAAGGGAACUGUGUUCAGAUGUCUGAGUGUGACUGCUAUGUUAAUGAUGAGAUUGUGCAACCUGGCAAAUCCAUCCUUAUUGAUGACAAUAGCUGUGUCUGCCAGGAUGGAGGGCUUCUUUGCGAAACUCCUCUUAAUUUGACCAUACACAACUGCUCCAGGGGUGCUGAGUAUGUAGACUGCAAAGAUCCCAAGGCACAGAGAAGGACUGAUAGGACAUGUAGCACCAGGAACAUACCUGACUUUCAGGUCAACUUGCCAUGCAAACGUGGGUGCUACUGCCCAGUAGGAAUGGUCCGCAACUCUAAAGGGAUAUGCAUACCUCCUGAUGACUGUCCCUGCUCUUUUGGUGACAGAGAAUAUGAACAAGGAAGUGUUACUUCUGUUGGCUGCAAUGAGUGUACUUGCAUAAAGGGGUCUUGGAACUGUACCCAAAAUGAAUGUCAAAGUACUUGCCACAUCUACGGGGAAGGACAUGUUAGAACCUUUGAUGGAGAAAGUUACAGCUUUGAUGGGCUCUGCCAGUACACAUUCCUUGAGGAUUACUGUGGUCAAGAAAACGGCACAUUCCGUGUUUUAACUGAGAGUGUCCCAUGUUGUGAAAAUGGGCUUACCUGCUCCAGAAAAAUCAUAGUGGCCUUCCAGGAUCAAAACAUCAUCUUACAAGACGGUAAAGUGACAGCAGUUCAAACCACUGAAAAUAAGGAUUGUGAGCUCAACGGGACCUUGUACUCCAUCCACACUGUUGGCCUCUACCUGAUUGUGAAACUUCCGAAUGGAAUCAUUCUGAUCUGGGACAAAUACACCAAAGUUUCUGUUAUUCUGGACCCAAGGUGGCAGAACAAAGUGUGUGGCCUUUGUGGAAAUAACAACGGAGAUCUUAAGGAUGACUUCACAACAAGGCAUUCCUUGGUAGCUUCCACAGCCCUGGAAUUUGGAAACAGUUGGAAAACAAGCCAGGAGUGUUCAGAUACAGUAACUCAAAGCUUCCCAUGUGACUCGAACCCAUACUGCAAGGCCUGGGCCGAGAAGAAGUGUGAGAUCAUCAGGGAUGACACCUUCAGGGAAUGCCACAACAAGGUGGACCCGACGGCUUACUACAAUGCAUGUAUUGAAGAAGCCUGUGCAUGUGACAUGGAAGGGAAGUACCUUGGCUUCUGUACUGCUGUGGCAAUGUACGCAGAGGCAUGCAACGCAGCCGGAGUCUGUGUCUCGUGGAGAAAGCCAAACCUUUGCCCCGUGUACUGCGACUACUACAACGGCCCCGGGGAGUGCAGCUGGCACUAUGAACCCUGUGGCACGGUGACGGCCAAAACAUGCAAAGAUCAGGUCAUCGGGCAGAAGUUUUCUUCACUUUUGGAAGGCUGUUAUGCCAGGUGUCCCGAGAGCGCACCCUAUCUGGAUGAGAACACUAUGAAAUGUGUCCAGUUAUCCGAGUGCAGCUGCUACUACAAUGACGUCAUACCAGCAGGGGGAGCUGUUGUGGAUGAGUGCGGAAGAACAUGCUAUUGUAACGCUGGCGAGUUGGACUGCAAUGGUAAGGACUCAUUUUCCUCCACUUCAUCUAGGAAUGGUGAGAUAACAGACGUGGGCCCUUGUGGACCAAGAACAAAACAGAAGUUCAUGAGCAUGCUUUUGACUGUCUACUCUACUGGAACCUCAGCUGCUGAUCUCUCUACAACGGGAAGUGCAGGCUCCACGGCAGCCCCAAGCUCAAGCUUUAGUUCUGCGCUCACGACAGGAGGAAUGGCUAGUACUUCCGUACCAACCACUAGCAUCAAGAAAGGCAGCACCACCAGGGGACCAAAUACUGGAGUCACAAGCCCAGCAAACACGGGAACAAGUGGCAGGGAAGAUACAGCCACCACUGGAACUGCUGGUGAAAACACAUCUGGAGGAACAGUUCCAGGGACCACAGAAAUGUUUUCAGGCCUUACAACUACCAGCCCCAGAGCUUCCACCGUGACAUCCAUAGCCUCUGCUAGUAGCAAAUCAGGUGGAGUCCUUUCUACACCCACAACCACAUCUACUGACAAGGAAACCGGAACUUCCAGUGCACACAUCAGCACUGCAACAAGCCGAGGAAACCUGGGUACAACUGGAGAGUCUGUGGGAGUUACUUCAGGAGCAGGCACGGAGGCCACAUCUGGAGCCCCACUCACAGGAGUCACCUCUGGAAACCCAGCAGGUAUCUCCCAGACAUCAUCUGGAGGGACCUCUGCAGUGGCAGUGGGCAGCACUACGCCAACAUCUAGUGUUGAGGGAAGCAGCACCGCUAAGGAGCACAGCCCGGGAACUACAAGCCCAGGAUAUACAGGAACAAGCGCAGGAGACAAAACUGUCACUACUGGAACUUCUGGAAACAGUGCAUCAGCAAGAACAGGAACCACGACACCAUCAGUUGUGGGGACAUUUGGAACCCCAAACAGUGAACAGACUCAGCCUGCAGAAAAAUCAAGAGAGUACAGGCUGAUGGGGAAGGGUGGGGACUGUCAGGCUCUUCACAACAGAGAUCACCCUCCUUCCUGUCAUAUUUACUUAAAAUUGGAGGAGCUGAAAAAGCUUUUGAUGGAUGUAAUGGAGCACAGUGACAUCCCCAGGACAAACCACCUUCCCUCAGGCCUCCAGUCUAUCCCCAGCCUCUACCAGCAACAAACAAGAAACAACAGGAACAGGCAACGAGGCCACACCUACAGUCUCAGGCACAGGCAUCACUACUGGAAGCCCAGCAGGCAAGACAAGGACUCCAUGGGGACUUUGGUGGGCCCUAAUGCUAGCACACCUGGGAAAUCUUCUGGAGCCACCACAGGAAGGGCAGGGGGCAGCACCCCUCUACCUGCAAGUACUGGAGCCCCAGCUACAGGAACAACUGGAUCAUCAGCUGGAACAACUGGAUCCCCAAGCAGUGAGCUGACCUCACCUGAAAUCAGUGCAGAAAGAACAGCAGUGUCCUCUGGCCACACUACCACCCCUGGAGUCUCCUCAAGCCUGGCCUCAACCUCUGCCAACAGCAAAUCAGGAACAACUGGACCAUCUAUUGGAACAACUAGGUCCCCAAGCAGUGAGCUGACCUCGACUGAAGUCAGUGCAGGAACUGUAAUGUCUACAGAACCCACAAGCGACAGGGGAGGCCGCACAUCCAGGGAACCCAGCAGCAGCGCUACAAGCCAAGGAAACUCAGAAACAACAGGAGCAGACAAGGAGGCCACACCUACAGUCUCAGGCACAGGCAUCACCACUGGAAGCCCAGCAGGAACAAGUGGAAGUUCACAUGCAGCCAGCACUGGAGCUCCUGGUGAAAACACAUCUGCAAUGACAGGAACGACUGGAUCACCAGCUGGAACAACUGGAUCCCCAAGCAGUGAGCUGACUUCACCUGAAGUCAGUGCAGAAACAACAGGAACAGGCAACGAGGCCAUACCUACAGUCUCAGGCACAAGCAUCAGAACAGCAGGAACAAGUGGAAGUUCACUUGCAGCCAGCACUGGAGCUCCUGGUGAAAACACAUCUGCAAUGACAGGUACUGAGUGUGCUCGGCAGGGGGCACCCAGGCAACAGAUAAGAGAACAUUGCAUGCAACAUGCACACCUGGGAAAUCUUCUGGAGCCACCUCAGGAGAAGCAGGGAGCAGCACCCCUCUACCUGCAAGUACUGGAGCCCCAACUACAGAAACAACAGGAGCAGGCAAGGAGACCACACCUACAGUCUCAGGCACAGGCGUCACCACUGGAAGCCCAGCAGGCAAGACACGGACUCCAAGGGGACUUUGGUGGGCCCUAA